GAUGGCGGUCAGCAUCCGAGGCCGUCCGAGCCGAAGCAUUCGGAUGCGAGGUCGGAAUGACAGUGGGGAGGAAAAUGUACCACUCGAUCUUUCCAGAGAUCCUUCAGACAACCUUCGGGAAAUUCUACAGAAUGUUGCCAAGCAACAAGGAGUCUCCAACAUGCGCAAACUCGGUCACCUGAACAACUUCAUAAAGCUUCUCUGCAAGGUAGGCCACUCAGAAGAGAAGCUUGGGUUUACACAUGAAGAGAUCAUCAUUUGUCUCCGGUUAGCGCUGUUGAACGAGGCUAAGGAAGUGCGAGCUGCAGGGCUGAGGGCUCUACGCUACCUGGUCAGAGACAGCACUAUUCUCCAGAAGGUCCUCCGUCUUCAGGUGGACUACCUGAUCGCCAGGUGCAUAGACAUCCAGCAAAGCAAUGAGGUGGAGAGGACACAGGCUCUCAGGCUGGUGCGAAAGAUGAUCACUGUGAAUGCACUGCUCUUCCCCUCAUCUGUCACCAACUCCCUCAUUGCCGUGGGCAACGAUGGGCUACAGGAGCGAGACCGCAUGGUUCGUGCCUGUAUCGCCAUCAUCUGUGAACUUGCUGUGAAGAACCCUGUGGUGGUGGCCCAGAGGCGUGGUCUCAGCACCAUUCUGAAGAACGUGAUCGACUGUCAGCUGAGCCGCAUCAACGAGGCACUCAUCACUACCAUCCUACACCUCCUCAACCACCCACACACACGCCAGUAUGUGCACUCGGAUGUGGAGCUCGAGCAAAUCCUGGCCCCUUACACUGACUUCCACUACAGACACAAUGCAGACACGGCAGAGGGGCAGCUCAAGGAAGACAGGGAGGCUCGUUUCCUGGCUAGUAAAAUGUCCAUAGUUGCUUCCUUUCGCUCCUGGUCAGGCAUCAUUAACCUGUGCAAGUCAGGCAACUCUGGAAUCCAGUCUCUUAUUGGCCUGCUCUGUAUACCAAAUAUGGAAGUAAGGAAAGGCUUAUUAGAGGUGAUAUAUGAUAUAUUUCGGCUCCCCGUGCCAGUUGUGACUGCAGACUUUAUUGAAGCACUUAUCAGUGUGGACCCUAGCAGGUUCCAAGACAAUUGGAGGUUAUCAGAUGGCUUUGUGGCUUCUGAAGCAAAAGUUAUCCUUCCACAUCGAGCUCGAUCAAGGCCUGACUUAAUGGAUAAUUACCUGGCGUUGGUACUGUCUGCCUUCAUCAAGAGUGGCCUUCUUGAGGGUCUCGUUGAGGUUAUCACAAGCACUGAUGACCCCAUCUCUGUGCGAGCCACCAUUCUACUGGGAGAACUGCUUCACAUGGCCAACACCAUCCUCCCCCACUCCCAUAGCCACCACCUGCACUGUCUGCCCACACUCAUCAACAAGGCUGCCUCCUUCGACAUCGCCCAGGAGAAGAGACUACGGGCGAGUGCAGCGGUCAACUACCUGAAACGUUUCCACGAGAAGAAGAAGAGAGGACCCAAACCCAACAGCCUGUACCUGGACCACAUCAUCCGCAAAUCGAAGGCUUCUCACUACUGUAGAGAUCAGCACUUUAGACCACAGAGAGAUAUCUUUGUCAUUAAGGACACUGAGGAUGCUCUUAUGAUGAACCUGAGAGACAGCCACAUCCUCAACCACAAAGAGAACCUGGACUGGAACUGGGUUCUCAUUGCAACAGUAUUGAAGUGGCCAAACGUUAACCUGCGGAGCAAUAAAGAUGAACAAAUGCACAGGUUUGUACGCAGGCUGCUAUUCUUCUAUAAGCCCAGCAGUAAGCUGUACGCCAGCCUGGAGCUGGACCACAGUAAGGCCAGGCAGCUCACUGUGGUGGGAUGUCAGUUCAUCGAGUUCCUCCUGGAGUCUGAGGAGGAUGGGCAGGCAUACCUGGAGGACCUGGUGAAGGACAUAGUCCAAUGGCUCUCCUCUUCCUCGGGGCUCAAGCCUGACCGCGGUCUCCAGAGCAACGGGUUGCUCACCACUCUCAGCCAGCACUACUUCCUGUUCCUGGGCACUCUUUCCUCACACCCGCACGGUGUCAAGAUGCUGGAGAAGUGCAGUGUCUUCCAGUGCCUGUUGAACAUCUGUACUCUGAAAAAUCAGGACCACCUGCUGAAACUCACUGUCUCCAUACUGGACUACAGCCGUGAUGGGCUGUCCAGGGUCAUCCUGUCCAAGAUCCUCACUGCUGCCACUGACAACUGCAGGUUGUAUGCCACUAAACACCUGCGGGUGUUGCUUCGUGCCAAUGUGGAGUUCUUCAGUAACUGGGGCAUCGAGCUGCUGGUCACCCAGCUCCACGACCGCAACAAGACCAUCUCCAUGGAGGCGUUGGACAUACUGGACGAGGCCUGUGAGGACAAGGCAAACCUCCAUGCUCUGAUCCAGAUGAAGCCAGCUCUCACACACCUGGGGGACAAGGGUGUCCUGCUGCUGCUACGGUUCUUGUCCAUUCCAAAAGGCUUCUCCUACCUAAGUGAGAGGGGUUACGUCACCAAGCAGCUAGAAAAAUGGCAGAAGGACUAUAACCUGAAGUAUGUGGACAUGAUAGAGGAGCAGCUUAACGAGGCUCUCACCACGUACCGCAAACCUGUCGAUGGAGACAACUAUGUACGCCGAAGCAACCAAAGGUUACAGAGGCCAAAUGUUUAUCUUCCUGUUCAUCUGUAUGGCCAGCUUGUCCAUGAUAAGACAGGCUGCCAUCUACUGGAAGUCCAGAAUGUGGUUCCUGACCUAAGCUACACUGUCCGUUCCCCAAUGCUGGACAAGUGGGAGGGCAUCAAACAGCUAAAGGCAGCACUUUGGGCCUUGGGUAACAUAGGGUCAUCAAACUGGGGGUUGAACCUCUUACAGGAGGAGGGGGUGAUCCCUGACAUAGUGGUUCUGGCCCAGCACUGUGAGGUUCUCUCCAUCAGGGGGACGUGUCUGUACGUGUUGGGGCUGAUCUCAAAGACACGUCAGGGCUGUGACAUGCUGAAGCAGCACGGCUGGGACGCUGUAAGACACAGCCGGCGGACGCUGUGGCCCGUUGUCCCAGACGACAUGGAGCCCCCCCCCAACCCGCCCAGCCUGCUGUCCUCUGUCCCCUCCACCCUCAGCCUCGCCUCUGACUCCACCAGCUCUAGACACAACAGUGAGAGUGACUCCACACAGCCCAGUAUGUACAUCAUGGACGAUGAGCGGCUGGAGAACUGUGACCUGUCGGACGAUCCUCCCAUGUACAUGAGACCCAAGUACAAGGACCGCAGCCCCUUCACCCUCCUGGCUUCCAGCCACUUCCGCAACCGCCUCCUCCACUCUCUGUCGCUCUCCGGGAAGAUGCUGCGCAGCACCAGCGACCCCAAGGGCACCACCAGGGACCACGGAGGAGGGAUGGAAGAGGAGCAGGGGCGCAAACGCACCGUCACUGAACCCAGCUAUACCUUUGGAUCUUCAGAUGUCUUCCCAAUCUAUAAUGACGGCCACCUGCCCAAAAGCCCCUCUGCCAACCUGGGCAGCAAGACCUCUGAAAACCAGGGCAGCACCCCCAGCUUCGGUGAAGGAGAUGGGGAGGGGAGGCUGCCAGGCCGGUCAGUGGGGGUAGGAGGGUCAGGGGUGGGGGAGAACCAGAGAGAGCAGACUAGCCGGGAACGCCUGGCCGGGGAUGGCCCGUCCGGAGGGGGCGGGGGGGCUCAGUUUAAAUCGCGCAGUCAGAGCUUCAACACGGACACAACCACCAGCGGCAUCAGCUCUAUGAGCUCCAGCCCCUCCAGGGAGACCCUGCCCUCCACCAUCGACACGGACGGUGUCAGCCUCAACAGUGUGAUCAGCGCCCAGACCAUCCAGACCCUGACCUCCCUCACCCCCCAGCCCCACACUGCCCACCUCUCCUCCCUGUCCAAAUCUAGCUCUGCCUCCUUGGUGCCCCCCGGCUCCUCCCACACCCUCCCCCGCCGCGCCCAGUCCCUCAAGUCACCUUCGUUGACCACCCUGAGCGGCCUGACGGACUGCAGCCUCAUGUACUCAAACUCCCGCGACGCGCUGGGCUACGCCACACUGAAGUACGCCACUUCCUGUGACACGUACGCCAGUCAGCGUGAUGCGCUGGGCUACGCUACUCUGAAGAGGCUGCAGCAGCAGAGGAUCCACUCGUCCCUGUCCCACAGCGAGGCUCUGGCCUCCCCAGCCAAAGACGUGCUCUUCACUGAUACCAUCACCAUGAAGACAGGCAGCCUGGAUUCCAGACUCACCCCACGGCGGUUCCUGAAGGCUCUGAGUUUUGCCUCCCUGGACAAGGAGGAUCUGCUGAGCCCCAUCAGCCAGAACACUCUGCAGCGGUCCUCCUCAGUGAGAUCCAUGGUGUCCAGCGCCACCUACGGCAGCUCUGAUGACUUCAUCGGCCUGGCGCUGCCUGUGGACAUUAACAACAUGUUCCAGAUAAAAGAAACACCAUAUUUCCUGAAGAGGACCAGCCCUCCCUCUGAGGACAGAUCUGCCAAAUUCUUCUCUGGAGACUCAGAUGGCCCCAGCCCUCACUCCAGGCAUGCAGUGCUUCGCUCCCAGCUGAGCAUCACAGAGCUGAUGGGGGUGAGCCGGGCGGAGCAGCAGAAGUUGCUGGGCUCAGAGGAGACUGGUUUACAAGAACACAACGAUGACAACUGCCUCUACUGCACUGGGCUCUCUGUGCUCGGCUUCAGCGCUUCCAAUAGCAGCCCAGACUUGACAGAGGAACCCCCUUUCUCAGAAUGGUGCGGUCCGCCUGUGCAGAACCACCUGGAGGUCAUGGGCCAAACCAAACUGUCAGGGGUGUCCGGGUGCAGUGAUGCUGUGUCUCAGGGCUCCCCAGGAAGCACCCGCAGCACUGAACUGAUUUUGGGAGUGAAGUCCAUCCCAGAGGAAUCUCCGGCCGGCAGGGUUCUCCUCAGGAAGGAGGUCCUGCGUCUCGUGGUCAACCUCAGCUCCUCAGUGGGGAUCAAAGGCCACGAGACUAACCUGCUAACGAUCAAGGAGAAGUUCCCCUAUGCAUUCGAUGACAUCUGUCUCUAUUCUGAGGUGUCUUACCUGCUUGCCCACUGCAUGUUCCGUCUGUCCGCACGCCGCUUCAUCCAGGAGCUCUUUCAAGACGUGCCAUUCAUUCCGAUGUACGAAGAGGCAGAGGCCAUCCUCUCCAAGCCCCCAAAGAAUGGACCGGCCGACCCUCCCGUUGAGCCCUGAGUCAACCCUACUGCCCUUCCCUUCUGUCUCACAGCCUGUCAAACCCUGAGUCACCACUACUGAUCUUCCAGUCAACCACAACCCCUAAAGCAUGAAUCACACCCCACCCCCGGAACCUUCAGCUAACCCUCAAACCUCAACCUCCACCCCCGGAACCUUCAGUUAACCCUCAAACAUUAACCCCGGGAACCUUCAGUUAACCCUCAAACCUCAACCCCCACCCCCGGAACCUUCAGUUAACCCUCAAACCUCAACCUCCACCCCCGGAACCUUCAGUUAACCCUCAAACAUCAACCCCGGGAACCUUCAGUUAACCCUCAAACCUCAACCUCCACCCCCCUGAACCUUCAGUUAACCCUCAAACCUCAACCCCCCUGAACCUUGGACUUUGUAGCCCUCAAACUUCAGUCAACCCCCACCCCUGACGUGUGAGACAACCCUAACCCCUUAACCACAAACCCUUGAGUCACUACCAACCACAGCUCUGUAGGGCCUGAGUCACCUUUCGCCCCCACAUCCUCCCUUACCUCUCCAUACCAGAGUGCACUCACUGUAUGUCCUCCUGGGAUUUAAACAAAGAUGAAAAUAUGGAGAAGGAGGGAAGAAAUAUGUUCUUCCUAUUGACUAAGUUUGAGAUAUGAUGGAUGAUAACGCAGGAUGAACAAAUAUUCCGUUUUUUUUAUCUGAUCAAAUGAUGGCAGCCAGCUGUGAGCGUUUUUAACAGAGCUCAUUUUGGGAAAUUCGUCACAAACUGAGCUUGGAUCACAAUCAAAUCCAAAUGACUUAAAACGGUCCUUCAUUCCUGAGGGUUUCCUCAGUUUUUAAAAAAUAUAUGACUGCAUCCCAACCACUGGUGUGAAAUACCACAGCAUGUUGUUUUUAGCUCGCCUUCUCCCAAAGUGGAUCCAUUGACUUUGACUAAAACACUAAGAGUAGGGUUCCUCUGCAUAACACUAAAACCUCUCUGCAUCUGGAGAGAGGACCAUGCCAUUGUGAAAAUCACUGCACCUGAACAAAGAACAGUGAAGGAGAAUAGUGAUGAAAAUACUUUUGGUAUUGCUCUAUUUAAUGACGGCAGAUACAGGUCAGCCAAACGAUCAUCAGUCACUGAUGCAGUUUGGUGGUUGUCUCUCUUAUUUGUUGACGUGCUAAAGAGGAAAUGUUCCUCCUUCCCUUUGCUGGAUUUUGUUUUGUUGUUUUGUUUAGGAUUUUGUUUGUCUGUGUUUUUAAGCAUUUAUAUUAAGAACUGAACAACUACAUGUAGGAGUGAAAUCUACCAAAUCAUUGCCAUUGAACGUCUGUGUGUUUCAGCACAGAGGAGUUAUUAACGGUCAGUUACUCAACUGAUGUUUGAAACUACGGCUGCAUUUAUUUUUGUUUACGACCUAGAAAUUUCAACCCUAAAGUCAAAGUGCAGGGUUGAAACAAGAGAUUUGGUUCUCAUUAAAGUGGAAGAAGACAUGUAUGAUUGCUAACCUUUCUGUCAUAAAUUUCUUUAGAACAUGGUUCAUGAAAACAGUCCCUAUUUGAUGGCCAUGUAGAGUUGCUGCUUCAUUCCACAGUCAUUCAGUAGCCAUUCCCGCCAGUUUCCAUUCAUUCCCGCCAGUUUCCAUUCAUUCCUGUCAGUUGCCAUUCCCGCCAGUUUCCAUUCAUUUCUGUCAGUUUCCAUUCAUUCCCGCCAGUUUCCAUUCAUUUCUGUCAGUUGCCAUUCCACAGUCAGAAGCCAUUCCUGUCAGUUUCCAUUUCUCAGUCCUGUGUUAGUUGCUGUUCCUUAGACAGUGUCCUUGGGAGUCACUGUCUGCUUGUUCUUAAUCUGGUAAAACUGGGGAAUAAUGAAACUGGAGUAAACGUUUUGAAGUGGAGCUCAGGUCCAAUAAGAACACUCAUUUAAUUGGAAAACUCAGCCACUUCCGGGUCGAAAUCUAGCUACAUGUUUGUAAAAUGACGGUUUAAAACAGUCAUUGUACUGGGGGUUUUUGCUAUGCAAGAUGCCUGUUAAUUGUGAGUCCAAAUGUACAUGUAUAGGUUAUUAACUGGUUUGAUAUAUUUCAUCUUUUGUUUGAAUUUUGUCUAGCUGUUGACUCAUUGUUUCAUUACUGUUUUAAAGAAGUGGUGGCUACCAUUGUGUGGUCCUUUCCAACAUGAUUCACUUCGACUGAAGAUGGUACUUGCUGCACUGAAUCCUUCAACAACAUGCACAUAUGACUAUUAUGACAAUGGAAGUGUUUAGGCCUACUGUUGAAAAUGGCCUUGGUUAAGUGAUGAAUUGGUUAGCUAAAUGGACUGGUGAAAAGAGGAUUGGGGUGCACUGCAAUUGCACUUAGCAAUCAACAUUUAACUAAGUAUGCAAUUACUACAGAAAAUAUUUUUCUGUAUAAAUGCGUAAUGUUGAAAAGUUUCCACUCAACUAUACCUUCAUAUAACCUUAUUUUGCACGUUUGCAUUCUAAGAGGCCUCAGUUCACCUUUUCAACGAACUGCAAAAUUCUAAAUAGUGGUAAAAUGUUUUUUUUUGUCAAGUCUACAGUACAUUUCAUAGUUAGACACAUUUGAACAUAAUACUGAUGUUUCAGAUAUAUAUUGAAAAAGGUCAAUUAUUUGGGAACAUAAUUGUACUACUUUCUGUUGGGGACCAAAAAGCUAAACUGAAAAGCCAAGAAUUAUUUGUUAUCUAGCAAUUGUUUGAAACAACAGGAAGUAGUAACUUAAAUAUUUAACUUUUGUCUACAUUUGAAUGAUUUGAAGUGGACUUGUGUUGAUAAAGCACUGUAUGGGGAUGUGAAAACAAAGCCUUUAUGUACCUGGACCGUUUAGGAACAGAGAGACAACGAUAAGAGAAGUGUUAUUUAUAUUUUUCCUCAAGUGAAAACAUUUUCAAGAAGAUGUGUAUAAGUCUGUCGUCCCCCCCAAUUUGUGGUUUUCCUUGUACAGAACCAUGUAUGUUUUUGGCAUUUUAUAUAGGCCAUUAGAAUCAGUCUUAUUAAAGGGAUGCAUUGAUAAUAAAAACAUAAUCUACUCACUUA